CGCCUUCUUCAUUAUACACUCUCACACACAGACUGCUGCAUGCUUUAAGUUGUGUAACUUGCUGUAACGUGUUCUUCAAACAAAUAUCCCAGGAAAAUAGUAGUAAACAUUUUACUACAUAUCUAGUUUGGCAGUUUUUCAAUAUGAGUUGUGUAAAGGAAGAAACCCGAAGCGUGUCUCCUCAUUGUCCGAAGCCUAACGAAUCUGAAGAACCGCUGGGUACAGCUAUGGAGGAGACUUUGCCUGGAAGUCCAGCUGCAAGUGUGAAAGCUGAAGAUGGAGUGUCUGAAGUUGUCAUCACAAAAGAGAUGGAGGAAGAGGAGAUGCAGUUGGUGGAGAAAGGAGAGAAAAAAGAAGAGGAGAUUAUGAAAAAGGCUCGAGAAGCUCAGAAGAAGGAAACUCAUGACAUUCGCUUCAAGAGACUGCAACACUUGCUGGAGAAAAGUAACAUAUAUUCCAAAUUUCUUCUUACGAAGAUGGAACAGCAGCAGCAGGAGGAAAUGCUGAAGAAGGAAAGACUGGUAAAGAAGGCAGAGAAGGGCAUUGGCAAAAAGGCUGGGAGAGUUGAAAAAAAUAAAAGGGAGCGAGAGGAAGACUAUAAAAUUGCUGAUGUCAUGUCUAAAGAGGAAAUUAUGUCCAAGGCCAAGAAACGUAAAGUGGAGGAAGAGGAGGUCCCUGGGAUGAAGAAGCUAGAAGCAGAGGACAUUGAAAAGAUGAGUGACUCCAAUGCUGACAUCAAGGGCCGUCUGUCAGAGACUGUGAGAGACAAUGCCAAGCAUCUACUGGACCCAGACAGGAAGGUGAACGGGCAGGCUGUGCCCGCCCAGCAGCCCUUGCUCUUCACUGGGGGAGUCAUGAGGUCUUACCAAAUAGAGGGUGUGGAGUGGCUCAGGAUGUUGUGGGAGAAUGGUAUCAAUGGGAUCCUGGCAGAUGAGAUGGGUCUGGGGAAGACCAUCCAGUGCAUCGCCCACGUGGCCAUGAUGCUGGAGAGAAAGGUGAUGGGUCCCUUCCUGGUAGUGGCCCCCCUGUCCACUCUGCCCAACUGGAUCAAUGAGUUCAAGCGCUUCACUCCAGAGGUGUCAGUGCAGCUGUACCAUGGGCCUGCUAAGGAUAGGAUGGCGUUGUUAAAGCGGAUUCGUAAGCCCCAGGGACCUCACAACAUGUUCCCUGUGGUGGUCACCUCCUUUGAGAUUGCCAUGAUAGACAGGAAAUUUCUGCAGCGCUUCCACUGGAAGUACCUGAUCGUGGAUGAGGGCCACAGGAUCAAGAACCUGAACUGCCGACUGGUGAGGGAAUUGAAGAUGCUGCCCACGGACAACAAGCUGCUCCUGACGGGCACGCCACUGCAGAACAAUCUGGCUGAGCUGUGGUCACUGCUCAACUUCCUUCUGCCUGAGGUGUUUGACGACCUCAAGAGCUUUGAGUCGUGGUUUGACAUCGAUACCAUUGGUUCGGAUGCAAAAAAUGUUGUGGCUAACGAACGAGAGCAGAACAUCCUGCACAUGCUCCACCAGAUUCUGACGCCAUUCCUGCUGAGAAGACUGAAGGCUGACGUGACGUUGGAGGUGCCGCCCAAAAAGGAGAUUGUUGUGUACGCCCCACUCACUGCCAAACAGGAGUCUUUUUACACUGCUGUGGUCAACAAGACCAUCGCCAAAGUGCUGGGCCAGGUGAAGGUGGAGGCUCCAGUGGUGCUGACGGCCGACGGCAGGCCUAAGCGCAGGACCAGGAGGCCCGUGGACUACAAAGAGACUGAUGGUGACACGCCCUACGACCUGGAGAAAUACCUGGAGAGGGUUCAGAAGGAGGCUGAGCAGAGCCCCGCCCCGGUUGUGGACGUGCAGAUGCCCCUGGACUCCCAAAUCAACCUGAAACUGCAGAACAUCCUCAUGCUGCUGAAGAGGUGCUGUAACCACCCCUACCUCAUAGAGUACCCACUGGACCCUGCCACUCAGCAGUUCAAGAUUGAUGAGCAACUGGUCCAGACCUCAGGGAAGUUCCUCAUUCUAGACAGAAUGCUGCCAGAGCUGAAGAAGAGAGGACACAAGGUGCUGAUUUUCAGCCAGAUGACGUCCAUCUUGGAUAUCCUAAUGGACUACUGCUACCUGCGGGGUUACCAGUACAGCCGACUGGAUGGGAGCAUGGCCUAUCCCGACAGAGAAGAGAACAUGACCAAGUUCUCUUCUGACCCAGAGGUAUUUCUCUUCCUACUGAGCACCAGAGCAGGUGGCCUGGGCAUCAACCUGACUGCUGCUGACACGGUCAUCAUCUUUGACAGUGACUGGAACCCUCAGGCUGACCUGCAGGCCCAGGACAGAUGCCACCGUAUCGGGCAGACAAAACCUGUGGUGGUGUACCGACUGGUCACUGCCAACACCAUCGACCAGAAGAUCCUGGAGAGAGCGUCAGCCAAGAGGAAGCUGGAGAAGAUGGUCAUUCACAAGAAAAAAUUCAAAGGAGGAAAGGCUGAGCUCAAACAGACCAAGAGCUGCGUCGACGUGUCUGAGCUGAUGGAUCUUCUCAACACCAGAGAUUACGAGAAGGAGGUGAAAAGCACCAAAGGGAAGGUCAUUAGUGACAAGGACCUGGAGGCUCUGCUGGACCGCAGUGACCUUCUGGACAAGGCCAAGAGCAGCUCCAAACAGAAGGUUGGCGUUUUCAAGGUGAUCGACGCCAAGGAAUCAUCGGAGAUCAGCUUGACCUAAGUUUGAAAGGCGCAGACGUGAUACUCCUAAUGGCAUAACCUAAAAAAACCUUAAGCUAGAGCUGGAUCAUAAGGGUCCACUGCUCUGAUGUUCGUUGUAGUACUGAACCAACUGAGACGGAAACCAGAGGACUUACUCAACCCAUUCUCCUGAAACGACUGUUUUAUACUAAAGUUGAUGUCGUUUUCUUUACUGCCUAUGGUAAAUGUUUAUCUUUUUGUUGUGGAGUUUGUCAAAUGCUGUUGGUUAUGGUGGAGACCGACUCCUGUUUUCCAGAAGCUAGUGUUCAUAUACACUGAGUGUACAAAACUUUAGGAACACUUUCCUAAUAUUGAGUUGCGCUCAGAACAGCCUCAAUUUGUUGGCGCGUGGACUCUACAAGGUGUCAAGCGUUCCACACGGAUGCUGGCCCAUGUUGAAGCCAAUGCUUCCCACAGUUGGCGAUUUGGGUGGUGGACCAUUUUACUUACACGUGGGAAACUGUUGUGAAACCCAGCAGCGUUGCAAUUCUUGACCCUCAAACCAGUGCACCUGGCACCUAUUACCAUACCCUGUUUAAAGGCAAUUAAAUCUUGUCUUUCCCAUUCACCCUCUGAAUGGCACACAAACACAAUCCAUGUCUCAAUGUUUAAAAAUAAUUUUUAACCUGUCUCCUGCCUUCAUCUAAACUGAUUGGAGUGGAUUUAACAAGUUACAUCAAUAAGUGGUCAUUGCUUUCACCUGCUCAGUCUGUCAUGGAAAGAGCAUGUUUUGUACACUCAGUGUAUAAUGAAGUAUUUUGAAAUCUUAAGACAAAUCUCAUAACUGCCAUUAUGCUAUUUUUGCUGUGGAUUUGGAUGCUGGUUGGACCUUUGCCCAUUUUAGGUGCGGCGAUUAAAUCACUUGAAAUAAUCAUUCAUAAGCCCCACUUGAAUUGGAAUCAAUUACUUUUCAAAAUGCAUGCUAAAGUAAAUGCUGAACUUAACGGGUUCAUUGACACUGUAUGUUGGAGCAAAACUCCAAGCACUUUAUGCAUGCUGAGACCAUGUCCUUUUAAUUGUUUUGUAUGCAACUUGUUUUCUAAAAAUAAACAAACACUUGAAUGUGUAGUUAUAAUCA